GGAAAGAGAGGUCAACGAAGGAUAGUUUACUAGUUGUGCGCGGUAUGGCGACGGCAGCACGUGUUUUCCGAGCCGCAACGCAGUACUCAUAAGCGACGACACAGUCAUGGAAGACAGCAACGAGCCGGAAACCAUCGUGGGAAUCUCCUGGGACGAUCUCCCGCUUGACAGCCUCAGUUCCGAUGGCUACCUCGAAUAUCUUUUCUCCCCGGAAAGCUGUCUCGUUUCCGACGACAACGGCCAAGCGUCGAGUUUACCCGCAGAAACGCUGAGUUCCUUUUCGGAUACCUUCUUCCCGCUGCCCAACUGUGAACCGACAACUAAUUGCUGGUGGCCCUCAAACAGCCCAGACUCUGGGUACGAGGAUGCGUGCUCCACGCCGUCACCGACACCAGAAGACGCGGUCAACUGGUCCGCGUUCGGCGAGAAUGUUCCUUUUCCCGAUGGAUUUGGAUACCAGGAGGACUUCGUCGUUCUUGGCGUCGGUCUCAAGACGUUGAUGACCGGAUACCGCGAGGAAGAAUUUGGUGCACCUGCAGUCCCUCCACCAGAGCCGCCGCCGCCACCGUCCGUACCUCGUGGUCGAGGAGCCGUACGUGGAAGACGUGGAGGGACACCCACGACGAGUAAGACUUCCAACGGCAGACAAGGCGGCAGACAUAAGGCGAGCAUCUUGCUCGAGCCGACGCCGCGGCGGUACAGUAGGCAAACUGCCGUGAAGGAGGAAGAUAAAAUCUUCUGCUGCUCGUACCAAGGGUGCAACAAGGUGUAUUCCAAGAGCUCCCAUCUUAAAGCCCACCUGCGCCGCCACACCGGUGAGAAGCCUUUCGCAUGUCAAUGGCCCGGGUGCGGCUGGAGGUUCUCCAGGUCUGACGAGCUCGCUCGUCACAAGCGGUCGCAUUCGGGCAUCAAACCGUACCGUUGUCAGACGUGUGACAAGCGCUUUUCGCGUUCCGAUCAUUUAGCCAAGCACCUCAAGGUUCAUCGCCGAGAGAAACAGACAGUGCUGCAGCCUGGGACGUCUUACCGCGGCAGACACCACACGGGAAUGUCUGCCAGUGCAGUGCGUGCCUAAGUGCGUCUGCGACUACAUUUACGAGCCAGUUUCUGAGAAACGCUUAUUGUUGUAUACGGCCAGGAACUUCUGGCUUUUUCGCCUUCUAAAGGCACUUUUUUUUUUCUUCUUACGACAAAAUACUCCGAAUGGUCCGGUUAUCAUUGACGGUAACCUGUACUCUUUCACGGACGAACAGUCUUGUUUCGACAAAUCGUGAUGGAGAUGUUCUAUUUAUUUUCACGACCAAAAGCGCCGACAGCUCUUGACCCACCACAGCGUCCUGUCAUCUGGUCAGGGCAUAGAAAACUCAUCGCCCGUCAUGUUGUGCCAUGUUGUUAAUUUUGUGCUUUGCUCCUCGUUUCAUUAUGUCAUGUUUUCAAUAAAUUUGUUGUUGCCAAAGUUUGGACCAGGUCUUUGGCAAACCUUUGUA